GGAUAAAAGGUCACGGUCUUAUUCUUGACUCUUUUUUCAUUGGAUAACAGUACUUUCAUCACUUUCCUUUUUAUCCAACUUCACGAAAGUAUUAAAAGAACGAUAUGGCAGUCGCUGGGACCGGUGGUGCUGAUAUUGAAGAGCUGGUAAAACGCAUUACAACCCAUCGAGGUGUUUGUGGUUUUCUCAUUAUCAACAGUGAGGGAAUCCCCAUACGUCAUAGCUUCACGGAAGCUUCGCGUGAGUUAGCGGUGCAGUAUGCGGCGCUCUUUCAGUCUCUUGCUAUUAAAGCCAAAUCUGUUGUCCAGGAGAUGGAUGGUAGCAAUGAACUUCAAUUUAUGCGCCUGCGCUCCAAAAAGAAUGAAAUCAUUGUUGCACCGGAUAAUAAAUAUGUCUUGAUUGUUAUUCAGGAGCCACUGGAUUACUGUAGCGAUAAGGACGACACAGAAGUGAGUAAUCAAAUUCAAGGAGCUUAGAGAAUGGAACAGAAAAGGGUCUGCAACGCUUUGGGCUACUCUUUGUUGUUCAAUAGUUUUGAUUUUUCACCUGUUUGUCUUGAUGUAGGGGCAAUGCGAAUGUAAAUACAGAUAUGCAAGGACCGAUACUCUGGACAGGUUUGUAUCGUGGGGAAAAAAUGGUGCAGGUCCAUAUUGCGCAUUAUAUAUAUAUAUAUAAGUAGGGGUGAGAUUCCUUUUUUUCACCCUUCUUGGUAA